UUUAGGAAUCAAAACCAAAGCUGAGAACAAAAGAACUCCCGAGAUUGUCGCUUAUUUUCGGAGUUAUUCCCGUUUCGUUUGUUCCUAGUUUUUGUUUUCGGUCUCUGUGUUCUCUCUCUCUGUCUGUGUGUCUUUGCUUUGGGUAAGGUUCUUUUGUCUCUCUUUCUUGUGGUGUUGUUCCAUCUGCCAUGAUUGGAAGUAAAGAUCUUCUUCCCAAUGGGGUUGACUCUGAGGGUGGAAACUCAAGGACGAAGGAGUCACAGAAGCAUGAUUUUGGGUAUGGCAAGGAAAACACAGAAGAGAAAAAACUGAGUUAUCCAGAGAAGGGUAUUGGUUUUUUCAAAGAUUCAGAGGUGGUUGUGGAUGGGUUUCAGUCAAUACCCUCAAAAGUUGGGAGUUUUGGGUUGCAAGAGUUGACCCUCAGUUACCUCUGUGAUAACCCAAAAUUGGACCUUGUUAAGAAAGAGGUUGUUCCUGAUAAAAGCUUGACUUUCAAAGGUAAAGAAGUUAUCAUUUCUGAGAAUUCAAAUCAAGAUGAGAAAUGGGUAGAAAGAGAUUUUUUGAGUUUGAGUGAAACUAAGGAGAACUCUUCAAAGAGAUCCAUUGAGGAAGAGGAGGGUGAAAGGGAAAAAAAUAGGGGCAAGAAGCAGAAGCUUGAGACACUUAAUCUCUCUCUUGCUUUGCCUGAUGUGUCACUUUCUCUCACAGCUUCAAACGCUAUACAAAAUGGUGACCAACCUGUUAGGCCAAAACCUAGCAGGCCAUCAACAACUACGCACAAUUCAUGUUCAAAUGAUUAUACAACAGCUUCACUAUCAUACUCUUAUUCUCACCCCUUCUCACACAACCAAAGUUGCUCACUUACACGUAAUUCAACAGAGAAUUUUGAGUAUUCAUUGAGCAAAGAUGAUCAAAUUUGGUAUUGUGGGGAGGGGACUAAUGGAUCAGUUCAUAGUAGGUUCAAGCCAAUAGGAGAUGGGGUUGCUUUGGCCAAUCAUGGUGGUGGUGUUGGCCUUAAUUCGUUUAUGCAAGGGAAUAAUAGUCAGUAUAAAACUACUAGUUCAGAUAACCAUUCUUUUUUCCCCUCGGAUUUGCCUGCUAGGCCAAGAUUUGAAGCUCAGUCAGAGGGCUCAAGGGGAAAGAAUUCUGAGCAUGUGAGAGGCUUGGAAGUUGUAGAUGGUGGGAAAAUAAUGAACCUUUCUAGACCAGAGAGAAUUCUUAGGGAGAUUGUUUCUGAGUCUAUCCCAUCCAUGGCAUUGACAUUUCAGGAGUUUGCUGAUGAAGUCAUAACAUCGAUUAAGGAAUACUUGAAAAAACUCUUUGAAAUGCCAGAGAAGAAAGAGGAAUUAGUGAACCUCCAGAACCGGCUUGAGAGAAGAUCUGAUCUUACCAAAGAAACUCUUUCAAAGUGCCAUAAAGGGCAAUUAGAGAUUUUAGUUGCUAUCAAGAUGGGGCUUGGAAGUUUCUUAUCUGACAAAUUUCAAUUCUCUGAGAUGGUGGAGGUUUUCUUGUAUAUAAGAUGUAGAAAUGUGAACUGCAAGAGCUUGCUUCCUAUUGAUGACUGUGACUGCAAGAUUUGCUCUGGAAAUAAGGGAUUUUGCAGUUCUUGCAUGUGUCCUGUUUGUUUGAACUUUGAUUGUGCAAAUAACACUUGUAGUUGGGUAGGUUGUGAUGUUUGUUCUCACUGGUGUCAUGCUGCCUGUGGCAUUCAGAGGAAUCUAAUCAAACCUGGGCCUAGCUUGAAGGGUCCUCCAGGGACCUUUGAGAUUCAGUUUCAUUGUAUUAGCUGUGGACAUGCUUCUGAAAUGUUUGGGUUUGUUAAGGAGGUCUUUGUGUGUUGCGCGAAGGAUUGGGGCCUAGAAACCUUGAUGAAAGAGCUUGAUUGUGUAAGGAAAAUUUUCAGGGGAAGUGAAGAUCGCAAAGGGAAGGAAUUGCAUAUUAAAACCGAUGGCAUGCUGUUAAAGCUUCAAGCUAAACUGGUAUCUCCUUUGGAUGCCUGCAAUUACAUCAUCAAGUUUUUCAGCUAUGCGGAUGGCAUGUCAGACUUUCCUGCUUCUGGUAUAUCUUCAAAGGAUUUGUCAGCAUCUCAGGCUAACAUUACAAAGGACACAGCAUCUCUUUCACAAUCUCAUUCUCUAAUACCAAAAUAUACUUAUGACUUGAGCUAUUCUAGGUCCAAUGAUCAUCAUCAGAAAGACCUCAAAACCUCCCUCUUAAGUGAAGUGAAAAAUGAGACUGAUUUUCAGUUGGGGAAUUUAUUAAGGGAAGGUGGGCUUGAAAGCUUGGAGAGCAUUGUGAGGAUAAAAGAGGCUGAAGCCAGAAUGUUCCAAACCAAGGCAGAUGAAGCAAGAAGAGAGGCUGAAGGGUUUCAGAGGAUUUUCAGAACAAAGGCUGCACAGAUGGAAGAAGAGUAUGCUGAGAAGUUUGGCAAACUCUGUCUGCAUGAGACAGAGGAAAAAAGGAGGAAGAAAUUUGAGGAAUUCAAUGUCUUAAAAAAUUCCCAUUUUGAUUAUGAUAAAAUGAAAAUGAGAAUGAAAGAUGAGAUUGAUGGUUUGUUGAAGAGAAUGGAUGCAACAAAACAGCAAUGGUUUUAGUGUUUUUUUUUUUUUUUUUCCUAAAAGAAAAUUAUUUUUCUUUCUAAGAAUACUGGUAAAAUGUGUGUA